UGGGGGCUGGGGCCCCCGAGUCUGAAGCGCCGGCCCUAGGCUGCUACAUAUGUCAAAUGUUUACAUGCGUCGUUCGCGGCUCGCUUCCGCCCAUCCAGUACACCUACGCGCUUCAUGGAUUCGUUUCGAGGCUCUGGAGAAGGAUAACGACGACGUAAAGAAAAAGCGUGCUUUUACGGGAACGCGGCGACGUCGUCGAAGAGUGUCUCGGCGCGAAAAUGGGUAGCUUCGCGAGUAGAAUCGCGUCGAUGUCCAAUACAGCUGUUCACAAUGUGUAUCGUGGCUGCAAGCGCAAGUACAUCGAGGAAUACGACUGCGAUUCCGAGUCCGAUUACAUUGAACGAACGCUGCAUACACCGAAAAAGAGAAAAUUGCUCACGACGGCACAGUACAUAUACAAAACUCUGUUCCAAGAAGAGAAAGGCAGUGACAUAACUGUAUUCAUACUGGGAAGAGCAUGGAGAUUACAUAAAGUUUAUAUUAGUCAGAGUCCAUACUUUGCUAGCAUGUUUUCUGGUUCUUGGAGAGAGACUAAUGAGAAAGUCAUUAAUGUAGAAAUCACAGAUCCUAACAUUACAAUGAAUUCAUUGUCUACGGUCUUAGGUUCGCUCUAUCAAGACGAAGUCAUUUUGGAGCCAAAAGAAGUUAUUUAUUUGGCAACAUCUGUUCUGUUUCAAUUGCAAGGCUUAAUAGACGAGUGUGCGGACAUUAUGAUAGAAACUACAAAUAGUGAGACUGUUGUGCCAUAUUAUAAUGCAGCUGUGUCAUAUGGCGUACCUACUGUGAAAGCAGCUGCGAAACGAUGGUUGGAAGUCAAUCUAUUGAAUUAUGGAUGGCAACAUCCUCCUUUUUUAAAAGAAAUUACACCAGACUUAAUGGCGGAAUUAGUUGCCAGUCCUGAUUUAGUUGUCUUGCAAACAGAAUUUUGCAUAUAUCUUAUGUUGCGCAUAUGGUUAUUUGCGCAUGUACAUGAUUAUGAUGAUUCAUUGAAAAUUGACGAUUAUUUUAAAAAUCACAAGUGGACGGAACCAUUUCUAACGACUGAUGAGGGAAAAGAGUACGCAACACCCUUCAAGGCAUUAAAGAUGAAAUAUUUGCUUUUACACGAACAAGAUGACAAGAUCUUGUAUAAUGAUAAUUUAAUACCACCAGAUUGGUUGUACAAUGCUUAUAGAGAACAGUGGCAUCAUUUAUUAAGAGUUGAUGGAAAUUUAGAUAGAGGUCCAAUGCAGAUGACGGAAGAAGAAUUUUCAAAGGAAUGCUUUCGAUGUGGGAGAUGUGUCGAAAAACCAGGCGAACAUACUUGGAGAUGGAAAGCAUUCCAUUAUGGACUGGACUUGGUAAUGACUGUUGACACAACUGGCUUGCGCAUUAUGAGAAAUCAUAGAGCAGACACAGAACAUAUUAAAGCCAAUCAUAAAGAACAUAAAAUUCUAAUAAAAGUCUGUUUAUUUUCAUUGGACGAGCAACGUCAAGUAAAGCAUGUUCAAAAUUCGGGUAUGCUAAGAUUACGUUUGAAGAAGAAUACAGAACACGAGAUAAUGUCUUUGGACAAGCAGCUAACUUACCCCCUGUACAUAUCAGUCAAUAUGCAACUAGUCACACCACUCUCAUUAGAAGAAGAAAAGACGUCGGUCGACGUCGUGCUUUCGGAUACUUAGCAUUUCAAGAAUGUAACACUUUAUGAAUAUGUAAAGGUAAAACAUGUCGAAUUUUCCAUCAGUAAUGCUUUGUAACAUAUUCCAUUUGAUUACGAAUGUUGGAUAAAUUCGUAGACACAUGUUA